AUAAAAUUUCAGUAGCCAUAAUCCUCAUUCAGACGGCAACAGAUAAUCGUAAUCGUAUCGUAAAAUAAUUUGUAUCGAUUUGUAAAUUGGUGUCUAUUGAUCGAAUUGUGAUUUAUUUCAUUGCAUUAAUUACUUGCAAAAGUUCAUCGAAUUAAAAAUAAGUGGAAGUUCUUUUGUCUUUCAUUUAUGGGACUCUAUAAAUUUAAAAAGAUAUCUACUCAAUGAUAAAGAUUUAUCUACGGCAUCUUAAGUAGCAUAAACAUAACCUCGUGCUUAUUAAUAGAUAAAAAUGAAUUUCGAUAAAGGACAUAUACGGCACUGUAUGCUUUUUUGUUUUAAUCAAAAAAAGACUGUUGAGGAAGCAAAACGAAUCAUCUCGGCAACUUAUGGAGAAAACGUUGUAUCCACCAAUAUUUGUAAGGCGUGGUUUAAAAGGUUUAAAAGUGGCGAAUUAGAUUUUCAUGAGAAACCGCGUUUAAAAAUAUCGAAAAAAUUUAAAAAGAAUGAAUUCCGAAAAGUUUCUGAUAUAAAUCCACCUGAAAAAUUGGAAAAAUUUGCAAAUGGAUUUAAAGGUGAGAAUGAGUCAAUCGUUUCUCCAUGGUUAAAGCCAAUAGGUUUUGUGGUUCCAACAGCGAAUAUUCAAAGGUCGAAAUCUAAUCAUCCUUCAAUUUCUAAAAUGGUUACUACUGCCAUUGAAGAGUUGAAAGAUCGUAAAGGCUCAUCGCUUCAAGCCAUUAAAAAAUAUAUUAUAGCAAAGUAUGAUGUUAAUGAUGAAAAAUUAACACCUUUUAUAAAGAAAUAUUUAAAGACUGCAGUUUCUACUGGUACAAUUAUACAAACUACAGGAAAGGGAGACUUAGGAUAUUUUAAACUUUCGAUCAUGAAAAGCAGAUAUCCAAAGACGAAGAUACAUCCCGUUAUCAAGAAAAAGAAGACUGCCAAUAAAUCUAUUAAAAAAAGGAUAGUUGUAACUCGUAAGAUAGCAGUAGAUACGAACAAGAAAUCUAAAGUACUGACUAAAAAAGCUGAGUCUACUAAGAAAUUUACAGAUCAAAAGAAGCCUAAAGUUCUUAAUUCUAAAGCCGGUGCUGUUGCCGCUGCUGGUGUUACUAAAACAAAAAUUACAAAAAAAGCACCACAGCAAAAAUUCAAAAUUAAGAAGAUUAAGAUUAUCAGAGUACCAAUUAUCAGAAUGAAAGCUCCCAAAUCAAAGAGAACAAAGAAAUAAUCAUUUUUAAAAAGAUAUAUAAAUCAAUAACACAUAUGCAUGAUAGCAAUAGCUGUUACUACAUGUACUGUACAAAAUUUUGAAAAUAAGUUAAGUGGAGGAAAAAAACUAUAGAGCAUACUCAGUUACAAUUAAUACAACAAGACUCAGUUACAACUAAUAGCAAUAAGUAAAAACAUAAGAAGUUUAGAUUAUAAAUAAUGUGCUUUUGUGUAAAUAGCCAUUCAUAAUUUGCCAAUGUCGAGGAAGUACAAAAAUGGUAAUUUCAUUGUUUUAAAAGAUAUACCAUUAUUUAGAAAUAUGAUAAAACAAUUAUGUGAGAAGUGACGGUAGCUUAUUGAAAGUGAUAACAGAUACAUAUUUUUUAUUAAAAUGAAUACAUAUCAUACUUUUAUACUGUUAAUUAAAUAAAUAUAUAUAUUGAAAAAUUU